AUGAAGAAGGAAUACAGGAAACAACAAUUCCAAUGUCCUGCGCCGAAACCGACCGACAACAAGGAUGCCGCUCUUUUGCUGCGUCAAAUCCGUCGGUAUCCGAACAUGUCACUCCGAGAGUUUCGUCGGUUCUCCAAAGAGGAAGUCGCAGAACCUUUUAUUAUUGAAAAUCCCGACUUUGAUGAUUCCAUUUGGAAACCUGAAUCCUUUCUAGAAGAGUGCGGAGACAUUCCGAUUCGGAUCGACGAUUAUAUUGAAUUUUGUGAAGAGACUGAUUCUUGUCAUUGUGUCAAGCAUAAGGUCUUGAAGGAUUCAAACGCAUGGGCUGGUAUGGCACAUGUGGAUGUGAACAAGUUUAAUAUUGAGACCUUGGGGGAUAUGCUGCGCUUGCAACAGACGGAAGAAGGAAAAAUGCUCUAUUUGCACGACGCCCCCUUGUCCCACUACUGUCCUCCCAAGGUUCCUCACUUGAGCAUUCCCAAAUACUUCCCCCGCAACUACGAUAUUUUGACUUGGAACGAGGAAGAGUCCAAUAAAACUUGGGUCGAAAAGGGAGUUCAAUGGCCAUCCAUUUUCAUUUCGCGGAAAGGAACGGGGUCGGGGCUGCACUGUGACUCUCGAAUGACCCGUUUCUACACCAAAAUGCUGUCGGGAAAAAAGUUGUGGCGGUUGAUUGGACCCAGUGAGUAUUGGCGGGUGGGUCCCAAUCCAGACAUGAGCAUUCCAGAGACAUAUCCACACAAGUUUCACGCGGACAUUAUCAGUCCUUCCUUUGACGAGUUUCCCGAUCUAGACGGCGCCUUGGUAUACGAAGCAGUUUUGAAACCGGGUGAUGUUCUCUUUGCUCCCUCUGCCUGGGGGCACCAAGUGGUCAAUGUGGUGGAUGCCGUCAUGACCUCGCUCAACUUUUAUGACAGCGAAACCUUGGCGGCUGCCAAGAAGUACGCUCUUCAUGCGGACGACGAUUCGGUGGGCAACGAUGCUUGGAAAGCCUAUUUUAUGCCAUUGGACGAUCCAGUUUACGAGGCUGAUAUUCCUUUAGAUGACUAUGUCAGGAAUCAGCAUUUGGGAAAUGCCGCAGUGCCCGAGAGGAUAAUGGAUUGGAUUGACUUGUUUCCCGAGGAAGUGAAGGAAUUUACCCACACGGAUGGGGACAAUGCGUUGAUUGGAGCUGUCCGGUACAACUUUUACAAGCUUGCCGAGUACAUACUAACUUACAUCGAAGACUUUGAUGUCAAUGCCAAAUCACGAAAAGAAGGGGCCACAGCUAUGGAUUUUGCCACUCAAAACGACUAUCACCGAAUCACGCAUCUGCUGAAACAAGUCGGUGCGAAGACGACGUUGGAAUUGUGGGAGGAAGAACAGCAAACGGCUUCCCAACAAGCACAACAAUAG